UUAUAAAUACGCUCAAAAAUUACAACAUUUCCAAAUUUACAAUGGAAAAGAGUCAUACAAAAUCUCAUUGGGGCGAAUGUCCAGAAAUUUACGACUCAAAAUACGAAGUUCAAGAUGUAUUUUCCAUUUAUCCACCGGAGAAGCGUUUUAAAAUUGAAAUGCUUGGUGCAAUUGAUGAGCCGCAUCCAGUAAAAACAGUUCAAAUUGAAAAUCAUUUGGUAACUCAAACGGUCGAACUUCUAAAUCAUACAAAUCGCAUAAAAUCUAUGAUUGAGAUGUACAGUGAAGAAAUGGUUUAUUUGGCGAAUCAACGUCAAGUCCUGCCAACAAUCACGCUUUCAGCUGACACAAAGGCAUGUUUGGAAGAAUUACAUCAGCCCAUUACAUCCCCAUUCGAAACUCAUAAAGUGUCAGAUUUCACAUUAGGCAAACCGAAAGCAAUAUCACAAAUAAAUAAACCAGUGGUAAUGGACGUUAUUGGCAAAGCAUUGACUGGACUUUUGCGCAUUAAAGGAUUUGAUUAUUGCACAGAAAGCGGCUUGCUUAUGUUCAAGGAUGCGAUUGAAGAAUUUUACAAAUGUUUUAUGGAAAAAAUUAAUCAAGUGGUGGUGGCUGAUGACAAAGGAAUUAAUAAAAAGAUCGACAUAGAUACUUUGGAAAAGGCUUACAAAGCGAUGUCAAACUCAUCUCUCUUGAAUCUACAUAACUAUUACAAAAAUGAAAUCAUCAAUCGAAACCGUUCGGAAAUAAUUCGCUUCAAAAGCACACAAAUGGAAUAUGAGAAACUGGUCGAAGAAAGUGAAAAAAUUCAAAAAUUCAAUUUGAAAGAAGAAUACAUGAACAUGAUGAACAACAUAUCCAAGAAUGACAUGUCACCAUCCAGCUCUAAUCCAAAUGAUAGCGAUGCCUCCUCAAGUUUCAGUUUUAAAGACAGCAAUAUGUCGUACGAUAUGAAACAACAGUCUGAUGAAAAUACGAAUUUGUCAUUUUCUAUGAGCCAAUAGAUGUAGCAAACAAAAAGCAAAUAGAAAUAAGUAUCAUGAUAUAAUUGUUUGCAUUAUUAUAUUUUAUUAUUGUACCGAACAAAUACACUCAAUAAGUAUACACUGAAUAA